AUGGGGGACGGAAAAGACGACAACUUCGACGGCGUGAGCACCGACCGCCUUAAAAUGGAGUUGCUGGAAGAAAUCCGCCGCAAAUCGGCUGGUUUCGAGGUCUCUGGCUCAUAUCCAGUUUCUAAAAGGCAACAGAUGGAUCAACUGCCUAGAAUGAAAGAGAAUCUAGUGAAAACAACGCCGGGCGGCCGGACGGGGCGCUGCAAGCUCCCCCGCGGCGAGGCCGUCCCAGGACCGGCACGUGUGCAGCGGGCCAUGGCGGCCUCAAUUACCUGCCAGGAGCCCGGCGGGAUCUCGGGCCAGGCAAAAAUAGAAUUCUUAUUAGUUGGAGAUGUCACUGUUCACUACCUGGCUGAUACAGUACAGAAAGUCUUCUCAAAUAUAGCAGAAGUCACCGUCACCACCAGUGACGUGAAGAAGGCAGCGGCGCUUUUGGAUGACUGCACAUUCAACGUGGUUUUCCUGAAGAUGACUUCUUUAAGUGCUGAGGAGCUGGAAACUGUCAAGUUAAUUAGAUUUGGCAAGAUGAAAAACACACAUUUGCUGUUUGUUUUUGUAAUCCCUGAAAAAUUCAAAAGUUGUAUUUCAGGGCACGGAGCUGACAUUACUUUAAUUGAACCGCUGACAAUGGAAAAAAUGAAUAUUGUGGUAAAAUACUGGAAAACAUAUUUGUCAAAUACUGUUAAAAAUGAAAAUACUAUGAGCCUUGAAGAAUCUGGAUUGCUCCUGCAGAGGUCUUGCUGUGAACCCCUGGAAUAUUUUUCUACUGAUCUAUUUGCCUGCUCUGAAUCUCUAAGAAGUGACAAUGGGCUUGAAUCAAAGUCUCUGUUGUCAGAGUUCGAGAAAAGCAAAAAGAUUUCUCUUCUUCAUUCAAGCAAGGAAAAACUGAGAAGAGAAAGAAUCAAGUAUUGCUGUGAGCAGCUGCGCAUCCUCUUGCCGUAUGUAAAGGGGAGAAAGAACGAUGCGGCUUCAGUUAUUGAGGCAACAGUUGAUUAUGUGAAAUACAUCAGAGAGCAAAUCCCUGCAGCUAUCAUGGACCAGAUUACAGAAGCACUCCAGAGCAAUAGGAGGUUUUCUGUGAAACAGCAAAUGCCCAUUCACCUGUCUCUCCCAGGCACCAUCGUGGCACAAAGGGAAAAUAGUGUGUUGGCAAGCACUUACUCACCUGUGAGAGGAAUCCAAAUCCUGGCUAACAAGUGCUUGAAUAUGUAUUCUGUUCCUGCUGCAGGGGCCUCCCUGGAUGAAGCGGUGAGAGGUCAGUCAGCCUCCACUGCAGAGAAUGCUGUUGGUGAUCUGUAUAAAGCUUGCAUUCCCAGUGCAGCUCUCUCUCUGAAUUCCUUCCAUGUCAGAUAUUAUUCUAAAGUCAUCCCUUCCUAUGAUGCAGCUGCCGUAACAAAUCAGAACAUCUCAAUUCAUUUACCUUCAGCUGUGCCCAAAGUCUCAAAGUUCCUUCCUCAGCACUGUAAUUCUGUGUUGGGCCAGACAUGCACAGCACAUCCCAACUGCAACACUUUUGGGCAUAUUAAUAGCACAUGUUUGAAAUUCACACUCUAGACGACCUUUUGGGCACAGUUUGACAAUACAGGAAAAGUGGAACAAAGAAUGAUUUUGAAAGCUCCACCCAGAGACCUAAUAUCAAAAGAGCUGGCAUUGUCUGACUUCAGACAAAUGUGCUCAAAGCUUCUGGAGAUGGAAAGACCAGCAGCAAAAGGGCCAGCCACACGCUCUCCCUCAUCUUCAUACGCACUUGGAUCUCCCCCAACCAGACAGCUACAAGAACAAAUGGCCUCAGUGACCUACACUCUUUCUUCUCAAAAAAUAUUCCACAAUUUAUGAAAAAAUGUAAGCUCUAAAGAAGAUCCAUGUAGACCCGGUAAAGUGGUAAGAUUGGGAAGGUGCACUGAUACCUCGUCACUGAGUACCGAUAUUGCAACUUGAUUCUUAUUUUUAGUAUCCCUGUGAAUUACUGUCACUUAUUUCUAGGUGGUAUCUUUUCCAAAUUUGGCA